GCCGCGACCGACCUUCCCCGCCCCCCCGCCCCGUCAUGGGCUCAGUCCUACCGUCCGAGGCGCUGUCUCUCAAGGCUGGCUUCAAGCCUCACGGUUUCUCGCUGGCGGAGAUCAUCACAUCCGACAUCCUGCACAGUUUUCUGUACGGCCGGUGGAGAAACGUCCUCGGCGAGCAGCUGUUCGAGGAGAAGAACGGCAGCGGGCAGAAGACGGCGUUCACGGCAGAGGCGCUGGCUCAGUCCUUCACCGGAGAGGUGCAGAAGCUGUCCAGCCUGGUGCUCCCGUCAGAGGUGAUCAUAGCCCAGAGCUCCAUCCCCGGCGAAGGUCUCGGCAUCUUCUCCAAGACGUGGAUUAAACCCGGCACCGAGAUGGGGCCAUUCACCGGCAGAGUCAUCUCCCCGGAACACGUGGAUCUGUUCAAGAACAAUAACCUGAUGUGGGAGGUUUUCAAUGACGACGGCACGGUGCGCUAUUUCAUAGACGCCAGCCAGGAGGACCACCGCAGCUGGAUGACCUACAUCAAGUGCGCCAGGAACGAGCAGGAGCAGAACUUGGAAGUGGUCCAGAUCGGGAACAACAUCUUCUAUAAAGCCACCGAGACAAUACCCCCGGACCAAGAAUUGCUGGUGUGGUACGGGAACACCCAGAACACAUUCCUCGGGAUACCCGGGGUCCCGGGAAUUGAAGAGGAACACAGGAAAAAGAACAAAGAUGACGAGCCUGGAGCAGCGGAUGGCUCUGGCGGCAGCAGUGCGGGCCGCAUGCGCUGCGUGAUCUGUUACCGGGGCUUCAACUCCCGCAGCAACCUGCGUUCCCACAUGCGCAUCCACACGCUGGACAAGCCGUUCAUCUGCCGCUUCUGCAACCGCCGCUUCAGCCAGUCCUCCACGCUGCGCAACCACGUCCGCCUGCACACGGGCGAGCGGCCCUACAAGUGCCAGGUGUGUCAGAGCGCCUACUCGCAGCUCGCCGGCCUACGGGCCCACCAGAAGAGCGCUCGCCACCGGCCCUCAGCCGCCUCGCUGCAGCAGCACUCGCCCCACACGGCCGCCCUCGCACACCGCAUCCCCACCAUGGUGCUGUGACUGGCCCGCCCGCCGCUCCACGCUCAACACAAGCCUCGCACCAGCUGAACAUGUCCAUUGCCAGCGGUUGUGGGGGGGAGAGAAGGCGCAUCAGCUGUGACUGAAUGGCUGAAAUAGACUUGAUGGGCCGAAUGGCCUAGUACUGUUCCCAUCACUUAUGAUCCAUGCCAUUGGGACGCGACCCACCCCGGGCACCAGUUCCUCCCCAGUCGCGGCGAGUCCACCUCUAACCAACGUAGGCACAAGGUUCCCUGCAUCUCUCCGGCGCCUGCUUGCCGCUCCCACAUUUACGGAAGGAAAUUUAGUCGCGAAGACCAAAUUAUAACGGGAGCAACAUUUCCCACUCCUAGAGUAGUUCAGAACAAGCGGUAGAAGCGCCUUCAACAAUAUAGAUAUA